AUGUGGCUUGGAUAGAAAAUAAAAAAUGCUGCAGGAACAGUAAAAAAUGUGACUUCAAAUCUAUUAUAAGAAAAGCAAAGUGAUUCUGAUAAGAAAUAGGAAUAGACAUAAGGUUAAACAUAAAAAUAAUAGGAUGUAAAUCUUUUAGAUAUGGAUGAUUAAAUUACAUAAGAAAUGACAAUUGCAGAAUUGAUUUAAAGAUUCUAAUAGAAUGAUUGCAUAUGUUUGUAGUAACAAUUUGAUUCAUGGAAAAAUUAUGAAAAUUAAUUUUAAUUAUUGAAAAGCAAAAUCUUAGGAAUCAGAUCUGACUUUAAUCAAUAAUUAGAGUAAUACUCAUAGGAUUUAUGGGACAGUGCAUAAAUUAUUGAGAGAUAAAAAAUUGAAUUCAUCAUAAAAGUAUUAGAUUAAUUACCAAUUUAAUUUGAGUUUCAAUCAAUUAUAAGUUGGAAUUAAUUUAAUGAAAAAUUAAAUAAAUUAUCUGCAGAUAUCAAAUAAUUAAGUUAAAUCAAAUAUGCACCUUUAGUUAAAGAAAAUAAAUAAUUAAAGGCUAAAUUAUCAUCAUAAAAUUAAGAUUAGAAAAUUCUAGAAUUGUAAAAAAUAAUUGAAUCUUUGAAAGAAGAGAAAGAAUAUUCAAAGAAAUAAUUCUAAACUGAUUAUAAUUAAUUAGAAAUUCAAUUUUAAGAAUAAAUAUAAAGAUUAAAUUAAGAAAUGGUUUCUUAAAGAGAUUUAUUUUUAUUAGAAAAAUAGUAAUUAAAUAGAGAUAUUGAUGAAUAUAUCUAAUAGAUUAAUUCUAUGUAAAAUAACAAAUAAAAAUAAUCAAUUUUAUUAAAUAUUGUAAAAUAGAUCAAAGAUUUAAAAACAAAUUAAAUUGAUGUUGAAGAUUUAAGAAAUCAAUUCUAAAAUAUAUAAAGUCUUAUAGAAACAUAAUUGAUUAAUUUUAUAUAAAACUAAAAAAAAUAAGAAAAUCAAAAAAUUGAAUAAUAAGAAUAUGAAGAUGAAUUAACUGAUGAAGAUAUGAAAUCAGUCUAAUAAUUAAUUAGAAUUUAUAAUAGAAAAUAAUCUGAAUAAGGAGAUAAAGAUAUUAUCUAAAAUAAAUAAGAAUUAUUACCAAGACUUUUAAAAUAUAUAUAACAUUUAUAAAAUGAAUUAGAAGUAUUAAGAGAAUAACCAACAUGGUCAUAUUAAUAAAAUCAUAGUUCAAGUGAAUAAAAUUAAGAUGUAAUUACAUUAGAAUUAUAACAAUAAUUGAAUUAAACAAGUAAUGAAUUAUACAAGAUUUAAGCUGAAUUAGCAGAAUCAAAAGCAUAAAUUGAAGCUUUAAAUAUGUAAGUAGAAGAUUUAACUAAUUAUAAUAUAGAGAAAUAAGCAAAAAUUGAUGAAAUAAAUAAAUUAUUUAAUGAAAAUUAAAAUAAAGAAAAUUAAAUUGAAAAAAUAAUUCUAAAUUAAGAAACAUAAACAAUUUAAUUAAAUGAAGAAGAACUUUAAAUUAUAAUAAAUAAUUAAUCUUAAUAAAUUGAUGAAUAAUCUAAUGAUAAAGAAAUUAAAAUAAAUUCACCUUCUUAAGAUAAUCAAAUAAAUGAUGAUAUUCAUGAUAAUAAUCUUAUUUAAGAUUAAAUUCAAACUGAGAAUAUUCCAAUCAAAAUUAAUGAAAAAGAUGAUGAUGAAAAAUAAUUAAAUUAAAAUGAUUAAUCAAUAUAAACUACAAUUGAAUAAUGUGAUUAAACAACUUAAAUUUUAUUAAAAACAGAAGAUCAAAAGACUUAAAUAUCUUAAGUAAUUGAAACAACAACUUAAUUUACAUAACAUGAAAUAAGCCAAGAAAAUUAAGACACUUAAAUUAAUAUAGAAACAGACAAUAAAACAAUAUAAGUAAUAACUGAAUAAGAAACCUAAGAAACUUAAGCAUAAAUUAACAUUGAUCAUUAAACUACAUAAUAUACAGCAGCCUAAGAAGAUUAAAAUACAUAAACUUAAUCAGAAAUAGAUGAAGAAAAAUAAAUCAAUUUGACUGAUUAAUAGUAAUAAACCUUUAUUGAUUAGAAUGAUUAAGUUACUCAAAUUUAAAUCAAAACUGAAAAUCAAGAAACUUAAAUUAGUAACCUUAUUGAAACUAAUACUUAAUUUACCUAACAUGAACUUAAUCAUCAAAAUUAAGUAACUUAAAUAAGUAUAGAAACAGGAGAAAAAAGAAUUUAAACUAUUCCUCAAUAAGAAACUUAAGAAACUUAGGUAUAAAUUGAAACAGAAGAUUAAAAUACUUAAUAUGUUACAUCAUAAGAAAAUUAAAAUACUUAAACAAAUGAACAACAAAAUAUCAUCCAAACUUUUGAUCAAAAUACUUAAAUAUCUCUUUAAGAGAAUGAUGAUCAAAUCAACAAAAAAAUAAUCUAAGAGAAUUAAGAAAUUCAAACUGUUGAUUAUAAUUAAGAUAAAAUUAAUGUUAUUAAUGAAAUACACACAUUGGAUGAAUUAAAUUAAGAAAUUGAAAAACUAAAGGAUUAAAUUAAUAUAUAAUAAUAAAAUAACUAAAUGGAGACUGAAAAACAAUUAGAUUAAAUUCGUGAAAUUGAAAAUUUAAAUAAAUUGGUUUAAUCUCUAUCUGAACAAAAAGAAUAAUAAUAAUUAUUAUUGAAUAAUUUGUUAAUGUAAAUUGAUAAAUAUUAAGGAGAUGAUUUUGUUUAAUGUAAUUAAAGUAAUAUGUUAAUUGAGGAUUUAUAAGCAUAAUUAUAUGAAUAAUUAGUAAGAAUUGAAGAUUAAAAAAAAGAUAUUAUCACUUAUUAAAAUCAUUUAGUUCAGAAGGAUACAUAAAAUAAAUAAAUUGAAUUAAAAGUUGAAUUAUUGCUCUCAUAAGUAGAUGAUAUUAUGUAAAAAUUUCAAGAAUAAAUGAGUAUAAACUAAGAAUUGAAAUAAUAAAAUAAUUAAUCAAAUUAAAUAAUAUAAGAAUUUUAAGAGAAAAAUUAAAUUUUAUAAUAAGAUAUUGAAAGUUUAUAAUACAAAUUAUCAGAUCUAUCUAAUGAAAAUUAAGAUAUUAAAUAGAUUAUUUCUGAAAAUUAAGAAUUAAAAAUAAAAUAUCAAUAAAUUUAAUCUUAAGUGGAAGAGUUCGAAAAUAAAUUUAAUGAAUCAGAGAAAUUAUAAUCAGAUUAUGAAUAUCUCGAAUAAAUAUUCACAUAAUCUUAAACAAGAAUUAAAGAAUUAUAAAAUUUAUUAGCAGAAUCUUAAGUAUAAGAAGAAGAUUUCUAAACUGAAAAUAAAUUAUAACUUUUAAAUAAAUCAACAUCUAUGAAUGAAUAAGAUGGAUUUAUAUAGAAAUUCGAUCAAUAAAUUUUAUAAUAAUAAUAAGAAAUAGAAUAAAAUCAUAAUCAAAUUCAAAAUGAAAUUCAAAAUUCAGUUUAAGAAGAAUAAAUUGAAAUAAUUUAAAAAAUUGAAUAAAGUGAUGAUAUUGAAAAACAACAAAUAGAUGUAGAUUUUAUAAAUACUAAUAUUAGAAAUGAGUAAGAGAUUUAAAAUUUAAAUAUUAAUAAUUAAACUGAUAAAUUAAUAGAACAUUCUCAUUAAUAAGAGGAAGGAGAUAUUGAAAAUUUAUAAAUUAAAUAAGAAAAUGAACAAAAUUAAUUAGAUAAAUAGAAUGAAAUUAAUAAUAAUAAUGAAAUAAAUAACUUAUAAAUUACAUUAAAUUCUACAAAUUAAAUAAUCUAAUAAAAAUUAGAAGAAAUCUAAUAAUUAUAAGAUUUAAUUUCUAAAAAUAAAUAAAACGAAUAAGAACUUAGAGAAAUACUUUAAGAAAAAGAGAUAAAAAAUUAAAACUUGGAAUUGUAAUUGGAUGAAUUAAGAUAACAAUUGAAUCAAAAUCAAAUAAAAGAAGAAGAUCUAAAUAAUUAAAUUAAUUAAUUAUUAUAAUCAAAUUAAGAAUAGCAACAUAUAUUAAAUGAUUUCUAAAAUUUGAAAACCUAAGAAAUAAAUGAAUUAAAUCUAUAAAUAUAGAAUUUAAUUGAAGCUUUGAAAAAUUCUGAAUCUUAAUUAAUAAAGUAAUAAUAAAUUGAAGGUUAACAAACUGAUAAUGAGGAAUAGUUGAAAUAAUUAAAAGAUCUUGUUUAAUAAAAUGAAGAAAAAAAUCAUUAACAUUAAACUGCUUUAUAAGAAGCUUAACUUGAAAUACAAACAACUAGUUUAGAACUUGAAAAUAGUUAUAAAAAAAUAUAAUAACUAGAAUCCAUUAUAGAAAAUGAUUAAGAAGAGAAACAUUAAUUAGAGAAUACUAUUAAAGACUUAUCUGAAAAAGAUAAACAAUUAUAAAUUUAAAUUGAAUAAUAAGAUCAACAAAAUUAAAAUUAAACAUAAUAAAUUCAAUAAUUUUAAUCAAUAAUAAAUUAACUUUAAAGUUAAUAUCAAUAAUUAACCAAUGAGAUCAAUGAAGAAUAACUUAAAAAUCUAAAAUUAAAUGAAAUUAAUAAUGAAAAUGAGAUCAAGAUUUAAUUAAUUUAAUAAGAUUACUAACAAAUAUCUUAAACUUUAGUUAAAUUAGAAUAAUAAUCAUCAGAAGAAAUAGAUAGAUUAAAUGAGCAAAUAUAAGAGAAAGAAAAUGAAAUCAUAAAUCUUAAACUAGAAAUCUAAGUAUUGUAAAAACAUUUAGAUGAAUUGAACUUAAAUAAUAAUGAAUUAAAAAAAAAAUAAGAAAUUCUGACAGAAUAAGAAGGUAAAUUGAAACAAGAAAAAGAAGAAUUAUAAUCCUUGUUAUAGAAAGAGGAAUAAGAAAAUUAAAGUAAUGCUGAUAUGAUUGUUGAAUUAGAAAGUAAGUUUGAGAAGGCUGUAUAUUAGAGGAAUGAGAUGGAAAAAGAAUAUUAGUAAAUUAAAGAUAAAAUUUCUCAUUUAGAAUAAAAUUACAUUUAGAAAAAUGAGCAAUAUAUUACUUUAUAUGAAGAAUCUAAUAAUUUAAAUGAUUAAGUUAAAGGGAAAUAGCAUCAAAUCUAGAUUUUAUAAAAAUAGAAUGAAGAAUAAAAUGCAUUUAUAAAAUAAAUAGAAAUUGCAUUUACAGAAAUAUAUUAAAAUCUAUCUUAAGAAGCAAUAUAAAGUCUUGAUAUAAACUCUUUAGAUAAAAUAAAAUCUAAUAUUUUAAGUAAUAUCAGUCAAAUUAGAGAAUCUUUUAAAAAAGAAAUUGAUAAUUUAACAUAAUAACUCAAAUAGUCUUAAAAGGCAGGUUAAGAGGCCAAAUAAUAGUUAGGGGAUUAUUAAUAGAAACUUAUUUUAUGUGGUACAGAAUAUUCUAAGAAGGAAUAGUAGAUAAAUUAAGAAUUAUAACAAAGUUAAACAAAAUUCAAUGAAUAAGUUGAAAGGGCUAAUCAAAUAUACAAUUAAUUAUAAAAAGUUGAAUAAAAAAAGAAGGAUUUAGAAAAGUAAGUUUAAGAUUCAGAAAAAAUUAGGAAAGAUUAAUUAGAAGAGAUUAAAACAAAAUAGAGUGAAAUAGAAAAUUUGAAAAAUUAAAUUAAUAAAAAAUAAAAUGAAGUAAUUAUUAUUAGAAUUAUUAUAGAUUAUUACUCUAUAGACUUAAUUAUCUAAUUAAUAAUAAGAUAUAUAAAAAUUAAAUGAAUAAAAUAAAGUAAUUGUUAAUAAGAAUUGUGAAAUUCAAUAAUUAACAAAAAAGAUAUCAUCUUAUGAAGAGACAAUAGAGACACUGAAUUAGAGUAUUAUUAACUUUUAAUUUGUUAAUGAAACUGCUUAAUAAAAGUUUGAUAUUAAAGAGGAAGAAUAUGAAAAUAAAAUUAAAGAAUAUAAGGAAAAUAUUAAUUAAUUAAAUAAAUAAUUAGCAGAAAGACAUUUAGAUGAAGGUGUUUAGAUUUAAAUUUAAGAGUUAUCAUAAAAGAUUAGAAAGAAAGAAGAAAUAAUAGUGUAAUUGUAAUAUGAAAAGGAAUAAAUUCUUGAAAAUUGUAAUAAAAAAUUUUAGAUGAUUUCUUAAAAUUAAUAAAAUUUAAUUGAUAAACGAAUAAUAAAAGAGGCCUUAUUAAAUUAUUUUGAUAACAGGGCUCCUUAAAAAAUAAGAUAAUCUAUUUUAUAAUAAUUAUGUUGCAUUUUGACAAUGACAGAAUAAGAGGCUGCAAAAAUAGGUAUUUUUUUAAUUUAUUUUAAGGAAUUCAAAUACAAAAAUUAAAUUAAUAAGAUAUACAAUAAAAAUAAGAAUAAUAACAAUAAUCAUUAAAAGACAAUUUGUUAAGUUUUUUAUUAAAUGAUUGAUAAAAUUUAUUUAUUAUUUUAUUAACGAAGUUGUAAUGAUUAUCUAUAANAAGAAUUAUAACAAAGUUAAACAAAAUUCAAUGAAUAAGUUGAAAGGGCUAAUCAAAUAUACAAUUAAUUAUAAAAAGUUGAAUAAAAAAAGAAGGAUUUAGAAAAGUAAGUUUAAGAUUCAGAAAAAAUUAGGAAAGAUUAAUUAGAAGAGAUUAAAACAAAAUAGAGUGAAAUAGAAAAUUUGAAAAAUUAAAUUAAUAAAAAAUAAAAUGAAGUAAUUAUUAUUAGAAUUAUUAUAGAUUAUUACUCUAUAGACUUAAUUAUCUAAUUAAUAAUAAGAUAUAUAAAAAUUAAAUGAAUAAAAUAAAGUAAUUGUUAAUAAGAAUUGUGAAAUUCAAUAAUUAACAAAAAAGAUAUCAUCUUAUGAAGAGACAAUAGAGACACUGAAUUAGAGUAUUAUUAACUUUUAAUUUGUUAAUGAAACUGCUUAAUAAAAGUUUGAUAUUAAAGAGGAAGAAUAUGAAAAUAAAAUUAAAGAAUAUAAGGAAAAUAUUAAUUAAUUAAAUAAAUAAUUAGCAGAAAGACAUUUAGAUGAAGGUGUUUAGAUUUAAAUUUAAGAGUUAUCAUAAAAGAUUAGAAAGAAAGAAGAAAUAAUAGUGUAAUUGUAAUAUGAAAAGGAAUAAAUUCUUGAAAAUUGUAAUAAAAAAUUUUAGAUGAUUUCUUAAAAUUAAUAAAAUUUAAUUGAUAAACGAAUAAUAAAAGAGGCCUUAUUAAAUUAUUUUGAUAACAGGGCUCCUUAAAAAAUAAGAUAAUCUAUUUUAUAAUAAUUAUGUUGCAUUUUGACAAUGACAGAAUAAGAGGCUGCAAAAAUAGGUAUUUUUUUAAUUUAUUUUAAGGAAUUCAAAUACAAAAAUUAAAUUAAUAAGAUAUACAAUAAAAAUAAGAAUAAUAACAAUAAUCAUUAAAAGACAAUUUGUUAAGUUUUUUAUUAAAUGAUUGA